UCCACUCACUCACGGUGAGUGACAUCACUGGAGUUUCCCCAGAGGUAACUGUUUUUAAACAGAGCCAAACUCAGAGUGUCAGUCACAAAACCAGAGCGACAGUAGAAGAAGAAAGGAAGCUCUCCAGAAAGGCGCCUGAGCUUGACUUGAAGUUGACAGAAGGAACUCAUUCGAAACGAUGGAAGGUGAAUGCAAAGUAAUGCUGGAUGCUGCUGUCGACGCAGACGCCAGGAAACAAACAACGCCAGUCAGACCCGGCUCGAAGCUAACCACAGCCCUGCUGGUGUUCACACUCUGCCUCGCCUCUGCUGCUGCUGCCGUCCUCGUCUACAACAGGCAAACCAAGGGCCCAGGACAAGAUGAAGACAAUUUUGAUCUCCGUCACACCUUGAGACAAAUUUCAAAUGUCAGAGCGGCCAUUCAUCUAGAAGGAGAAUACAACCCUGAGAGGACGACCUCAGUGGAAUGGAGGAGUCAGGUGGACCAGUCCCACUCUCAAGGAGGGCUGCGGCUCGAAGACAAUGAAAUUGUGAUUCCUCAACACGGCCUCUACUUCGUCUACAGCCAAGCUUCUUUCCGGGUCAACUGCAGUGACGCUGAUGACAUCAUCUCACAGCCCUUGGUCCACCUGAGCCACACUGUGAAGCGCUGGUCCAAAUCAUACGGGAACGACGACGGCCAGAAGUCCUACCAGACCAUCCUGCACUCCAUCCGCACCGUCUGCCAGAAGACAGCUGACAGCAAUCCCGACGAGGACGGGCACUGGUUCUCCGCCGUGUACAUGGGAGCUGUGUUCAACCUGAGGAAGGGGGACAGACUCAAGACGGAGAUGCCAAUGAGGAUGCUGCAGAGCCUGGAGGACGAGCCGGGGAAGACCUUCUUUGGUGUGUUUGCCUUGUGAGGAGGUGACUGAGGGCGACAGGUGAAGAUAUGAAUGUACACAGCAACUCCGCUGUGAGGCCUACAGCCUGCUGCCUCACCUGAUCUCACCUGCGCUGUUGAAUGUCUGAUGAUAUACACUGCACUAAACUGUCAAUGCAACUGUUACUGUGGACUUUACACCCAAACCUUUAGAAAGUCAUUUAAAGUUUGGAUGUAAACCCAGAUACAUCAGGUGCAGCACUGACUAGCAGCGCUCACUGUGAUGUAAUGACCCACCAUAGAUAUGUCUAUGGCUCCAUAAUGUUAUGUACUAUGUACUCACCUUAACGUCAGUACCUUUUGUUGUACUGCAGUGCUGAAGCCAGCGCAUUUGUAUGAAUGUGCUGUAGCUGCUGUGUGUUGAUUGUGUCACUACAGGCUGACAUAGGUGGAUUUUAAAAGUUAUAUUUACUCAACAUAACAUUAUCAUAUUUAUUUUAUUUAUUUAUCUAUUUAUUUACUUAUUUAUUUAUGUGUGUAUUCGUGUGUGUUCAUUUACAACAGUAUUUGUGUUGGAUUUUAUGCAUAAUUUAUGAGCUAAUUUAUUCAAAGGGGUAAUCAGUGUGAUCUGAUGUUUGUCAGUGUAAUUAUCACUGACAUUUGCAAAUAAUUCCAUGGUGC